AUGGGGGCUGAGAACUUCACCUCUGCCACAGAGUUCAUCUUGGACGGAUUGUCCAGCCACCGCAAGACACAACUGCUACUCUUUGGGGUUAUCCUUCUCACGUACAUACUUACCAUAGUAGGAAACGCUGUGGUCAUCAUGCUUGUCCUGUCUGACUCUCACCUCCACACGCCCAUGUACUUCUUCCUCGUGAACCUGUCAACCAUAGAGAUCUGCUACGCCACCAGCACAGAGCCACAGAUGAUGGCUCACCUCCUGGCAGGAAAUGGAAUCAUAUCCUUCACGGGCUGUGCGCUCCAGGUCUUUGUUGUAUUGAUUAUGGGCACUACAGAAUGCUUUCUGCUGGGCAUCAUGGCCUAUGACCGGUAUUUGGCCAUUUUUCGUCCCCUGACAUACCCCGUUGCCAUGAGCAAGUAUCGCCAGUGGCAACUUGCCUUGGCCUGUUGGACAGCAGGCAUCCUUUUUAGCAUGAUCUAUGUAUGUGUUACCUUUCGCCACUCCUACUGUGGCUCCAACCGCAUCAACCACUUCAUAUGUGAGAUGCCAGUGGUGCUGAAACUCGCCUGUGAUGACACCCGCGUCUCACAGGCCAUUGUUUUUGUGAUGGCAGCCAUUGUCCUUGUGAUUCCUGUUGUUGUUGUCCUGACUUCCUAUGGGCUCAUACUCUUCUCUGUGUUAAAGAUGCGAUCGGCCGCCAGUCAGCGCAAAGCCUUCUCUACAUGUGGUUCCCAUCUUGUAGUUGUCACGGUGUUCUAUGGUACUGUCAUUUCUAUGUACUUAAUUCCCCGGUCAAACCCGCCGUCCAAUCAUGACAAACGGAUUGCUGUGUUCUAUACGGUGGUCACCCCGCUGCUCAACCCCAUCAUUUAUACCCUGCGGAACAAGGACGUCCAUGGGGCAGCGGCCAAAGUGCUGCGAAGACAUCAUUUAGAACCAAAAAUCUGA